GAAGCUGCUACAAUUAGUUCUACUACUGCUAGGAAUGCAAUGUCGGGUUAAUGUCAGGCUAGUGUCGGGUUAGCUUAUGGUUAGUGUCGGGUUAGCUUAUGGUAAGGGUUAGCUUAUGGUUAGUGUUAUAGUUAGUGUUAUGGUUAUGGUUAGCUCAUGGUUAGCUCAUAGUUAGCUUAUGGUUAGCUUAUGGUUAGUGUUAUGGUUAGCUUAUGGUUAGUGUUAUGGUUAUGGUUAGCUCAUGGUUAGUGUUAUGGUUAGGGUAAGUGUUAUGGUUAGCUUAUGGUUAGCUCAUGGUUAGUGUUAUGGUUAGCUUAUGGAUAGCUUAUGGUUAGCUCAUGGUUAGCUCAUGAUUAUUGUUAUGGUUAGCUCAUGGUUAGCUUAUGAAUAGCUCAUGGUUAGUGUUAUGGCUAGCUUAUGGUUAGCUCUUGGUUAGCUUAUGGUUAGCUCAUGGUUAGUGUUGGCUCCACAGUUCACUGGGGACACAGAGCAGGGGGCGGGGACAGAACGUCUUCCAGGACCCCUCACGACGUGAGGACGUGUAGCAGCGAACCGGUCCUGGAGCUGGACUCAUGGAGGCCGAGGUGAGACCGGGUCACUUCCCGUCAUAUGAGUGCGAUGUGCCCGCUGUCUGUGUCCCGAGCUCGUGUCCCGGCGUCCUGCUGGUAGAACCCUUCUACGGUGGAUCUCACAAACAGCUGAUCGACCUUCUGAAGGAAAAUAUCACUGACUGCUGCGUCUUCACACUUCCUGCCAAGAAGUGGCACUGGAGGGCCAGGACCGCAGCGCUGUACUUCAGCCAGACCAUCCCCCCCCGCCCCACAUACAGGGUUCUGUUCAGCAGCUCGGUCCUGAACCUGUGUGAGCUGGUGGCUCUCAGACCUGAUCUGGCUCGACUGAAGAAGAUCCUCUACUUCCAUGAGAACCAGCUGGUUUAUCCGGUCCGCAAAGACCAGGAGAGAGACUUCCAGUACGGAUACAACCAGGUUCUGUCGUGCCUGGUAGCAGACGUGGUCGUGUUCAACUCGUUCUUCAACAUGGAUUCCUUCCUGUCGUCUAUCUCCUCCUUCAUGAAAAAGAUUCCUGACCAUCGACCCAAAGACCUGGAGCAGCAGAUCCGUCCCAAGUGUGUGGUCCUGAGCUUCCCUCUCCAGUUUCCUGACGUCAGCAGAAUGAUACCACAACACAAACUGCUCCGAGAGCAGCAGAUCAGUGAUGAGCCUCAAACUCACAGGUCUGAGGAUCCACACCCGGCCACAGCUGAACAUGACUGUGAACCAGUUUCAGACCAGGACCCUGGAGACCAGGUCCAGCCUCUGCACAUCGUGUGGCCUCACCGCUGGGAACAUGAUAAAAACCCAGAGUUGUUCUUCUCAACACUCAUGAGACUGAAAGAGAAACAACUGAACUUCAAGCUGUCGGUGCUCGGAGAGACAUUCACUGACACCCCAGCCAUCUUCUCCGAGGCUCGCCGGCAGCUGGACGCCCACGUGGUGGCGUGGGGGUUCCAGAGCAGGAAGUCAGAUUACCUCAGAGUUCUGUGCCAGGCAGACGUGGUCGUCUCCACCGCCAAACACGAGUUCUUCGGCGUCGCCAUGUUAGAAGCUGUUCACUGCGGAUGUUUUCCUCUGUGUCCAAAGGCGUUGGUGUAUCCUGAGAUAUUUCCAGCCCAGUAUCUGUACUCCACACCUGAGCAGCUGUGCAAACGUCUGCAGGAACUCUGCAGGAGGCCGGAGCUCGCCCGCAGACACGUCGUCAAGGUCGACUCCUCCUCCUUCUCCUGGACGCGUCUGAAGGUUCGUUUUGAGAAGCUGCUGCAGACGCAGGUCCCUGAACGCAGCGCUGGUCCCUGAACGCAGCGCAGGACCCUGAACGCAGCGCAGGACCCUGAACGCAGCGCAGGACCCUGAACGCAGCGCAGGACCCUGAACGCAGCGCUGGUCCCUGAACGCAGCGCAGGACCCUGAACGCAGCGCAGGUCCCUGAACGCAGCGCAGGACCCUGAACGCAGCGCAGGUCCCUGAACGCAGCGUAGGUCCCUGAACGCAGCGCAGGACCCUGAACGCAGCGCAGGUCCCUGAACGCAGCGCAGGACCCUGAACGCAGCGCUGGUCCCUGAACGCAGCGCUGGUCCCUGAACGCAGCGCAGGACCCUGAACGCAGCGCAGGUCCCUGAACGCAGCGCAGGUCCCUGAACGCAGCGUAGGUCCCUGAACGCAGCGCAGGUCCCUGAACGCAGCGCAGGUCCCUGAACGCAGCGCAGGACCCUGAACGCAGCGCUGGUCCCUGAACGCAGCGCAGGACCCUGAACGCAGCGCUGGUCCCUGAACGCAGCGCAGGUCCCUGAACGCAGCGCAGGUCCCUGAACGCAGCGCAGGUCCCUGAACGCAGCGCAGGCCAGUCUAAGGCUGAAGUCCAUUAGCUGUAGUGGUUCUGAGGUCUGGAUGGUCCCGCCUCACUUGAUGCCGAGUCUGGAACUGUAAACGUUUCCGUCUUCUGGAGAGACGGAGACGUGGGGGGGGUGUUAACUGGCAGCCCCGCCUCCUGAAUCCAGGUGUUACCAGGUGUGAACCUGAGAGUGACAUCACACACCUGCACCACAUCAUCACUAUGACGACACAUCACAACCUCAUGAUGUGAUCUGCUGAGCAGAAACAAAAUAUAGAAUAAGAAAAGUGUUUUAAUGAAGAACUGAAAAGCAAACUGAAUUAUUGUAACUUGUUUUUUAAUAAAAAAUGUUGAGUGAAUUAA